CUUUCAUUUGACGAUGAACUGAAAAUCCUUCCUGGCUGAACUUGACGUGUGUGACAGUUCUUCCUUUGAAGUGAGACUCUGGUCUGCCUUUUAACUUUGAAUUGAGGGUUGAAUUUAAAAUUGUCGUGUUGUAACACUUCCCAAAUGGACGAAGUCAAUUUCUCGUGGAGGAAUCUCACCGUGAUCACAGACUCGGGAUUGACCUGCCGGAGGCGUGCUCGGCCGGUUCUUAAAAAUGUGUCUGGCUAUGUCAACAAAGGGGAGCUGCUAGCCAUAAUGGGUCCGUCUUCAGCGGGCAAGAGCACUCUUUUGAAUGCCUUGUCGUUCCAGAACUUGAAUGGACUGCGGAUCACUUCAGGCGAGCGAUACGCGAACGGGAUGCUCAUGAACCCGACGGGAAUGACCUCGAUAUCUGGAUACAUCCCCCAAUUUGAUCUGUUCAUCGGUACUCUCACCGUCAGAGAACACCUCACCUUCUUGUCAAACUUGAGAAUUGGUGGCCAUGUAAGCCAAGAAGAGAAAGGCAUCAAAGUGGAGAGGGUCAUGCAAGAGCUGGGGCUGACCAAAUGUGCCGAUGUUUUAAUUGGCGUCCGAGGUCGGGUCAAGGGAAUUUCCGGGGGUGAGAUGCGUCGGUUGGCGUUCGCCUCUGAGGUUUUGGCGGAUACUCCUCUUCUUCUUUGUGAUGAGCCCACGUCCGGUUUGGACUCUUGGAUGGCCGAAAACGUGGUCGAGCAAAUGAGGAUAAUGUGCGACAAGGGCAAGACGAUCGUUUGCGUGAUUCACCAACCCAGUUCUGAUGUCUUCACCAUGUUCGACCGCGUCUUGCUCAUGGUGGAGGGGCGAAACGCUUUCAUGGGAACAAUCAAGGAUGCCAACGACUUCUUUGAAAAGAUUGGAUACCCCUGUCCUUCGAAUUUCAAUCCUGCCGACCACUACAUCUACAAGCUUUCCAUGCAGCCUAAAUUUGAGGACGAGUAUAUGGGAAGGGUACAGUACAUUUGCGACGAGUAUGAUAGUUCAAGGUAUGGAAAGUGUGUCUUGACUGAGAUUGACAAUCACGUCGAUAACCGGGACGAGCUCUUCCACAACGUGGGCUUUAACUUCUCCGAGCUCAAAACCUACAAAUCCCCGUGGAGACAACAAUUUCGGGCAGUGCUGUGGCGAUCUUGGCACUCGGUGGCCAAAGAGCCUCUGAUUGCCAAGAUUCGGAUUCUGGAAGUUAUAAUUCUUGCACUCAUUGUAGGGGCCAUUUUCUUUGGCCAAGAGAACAAUCAAGAGGGAGUAAUCAGUAUCAACGGGGCCCUUUUCUGGGUGACUAUGAACCAAACAUUUUCCAAUUACUCAAGCGUCCUCAACGUGUUUUGCAAUGAGAUUCCUGUGUUCAUAAGGGAACAUUUCUCCGGGAUGUAUCGGACGGAUGUGUACUUCUUGGCCAAACAAUUGGCUGAUUUGCCUUUGUUCAUCAUCACCCCUGUCUUAUUCAUGGCUAUCUAUUACUACAUGGUCAAUUUGAAUAAUGAAUUCGACAGGUUCCUCAUGGCGAUUCUCAUUAAUGUCAUGAUUGUUCAAACUGCAAGUGCCAUAGGGAUCUUCAUGUCUUGCGUUUGCCCUAGCUUGCCUGUUGCUUUGGCCAUUGGACCCACGAUUUUCAUUCCUUUGAUGAAUUUUGGAGGAUUCUUCCAGAAUGAAGGAACGAUCCCGGGUUAUCUCAUAUGGAUAAGAUACAUUAGUUUGUAUUACUAUGGCAAUGAGGCCUUCAACAUCAAUCAGUGGUCAGGAGUGACCAAUAUCACUUGCGAUGAUAACGCCAUUGCCAAUCGAGCUGAAAAUCGCCUUUUUAAACCUAUGUCGGCAAUGAUCGAUCCGUAUUACGCUCUUCGAAGAGAUCCUUCGGCGUGUGCAGCCACCGGCGAGGAAGUCUUGGCCUUUUAUAAUUUUCACGAGGACAACCUUUGGUUUGAUAUUAUUAUGCUCGCGAUCUUAUCGCUUAGCUUCCGUGUUUUGGCUUUUCUAGCCUUACUUAACAAGGCCAGAAGGAGAACCAAAUAAUUCAUGUGUCUCAACUUUGAAAAUUGAUCUGUAAAAUAAACCAUUUGAAAUAUU